AUGAAUUCUCGAGCACUCAUCAGAUUCUCAAAACCCACUUCUUGUUUGGUCAUCAUAUUCUGCUUUUUCUCUUUGCUGCACCACUGUGCUUCAGGUGAGCAAGAACUUGGGUUGUGUGAUGAUCUAUAUCAGUGUGGGGACAUAAUCGCCGGUUUUCCCUUCUGGGGUGGGGAUCGUCCUGAACACUGCGGUCUUCCAUUGCUAGAGCUUCACUGCCACAAAAACACCAGUACCUCUUUAAUCAUCUCAGACAAAGAGUAUUCUGUUCUCCAUGUAGAUCAAACAUCUUACACUCUUACACUUGCCAGAGCCGACCUGCUAGGGCCUUUUUGCUCCGCUAAAUUCAAUACCACAACCUUGCCUCCUGAUAUAUUUGAUGUUUUGCCAACCUACAAGAACCUCACAUGUCCCAAAGACCUCAGAAUCAAUAUACCUGUGAAUGUUCCAAUGAGUUUCAAUCCAGAAGAGAAAGAGUUUGAUUUGAACCAGUUGGAAAGUGUUCUAAGAAAAGGGUUUGAGGUAAAAGUGAUGAUCGAUGAGAUAACUUGUCAAGAAUGUUUAGCCUCUGGUGGAAUAUGCAGCUUCAAUGGUACCACACAAGUUUGCUGCAAGACAACGUCAUCCUCCUCAAGAGUCACCUGCCUACCAAAGCCUCAACCUAGUGCUACUGAGCUUCAUAACCUUUGCAGUAAGCGAUUUAGAUGCGGCGAUCAGUACCAUCUAUUGUACCCUUUCUGGAUUCCUGGCAGAGAAGAAUGUGGCCACCCUGACUUCAAGCUCGAAUGCAACACAAGUUUCGCUGAGCUUAAUAUCGCCUCUGUCAAGUUCAGAAUAUUAGAGGCGAACUAUACCACUCGUAUUGUAAGACUCGCCAGAUCUGAUUAUCUAGGCGAUCUUUGUCCCCAAGAUCCUUCAAAUGAGCCAUUCGACAAAAACGUCCUUCUAUUUACACCUAACACCGAGCUGCUAACAUUGUUUUACGACUGCCGAGACUUUUCAUUCUCAACGGUCGUUUACGAUCCUACGUACUUCAGUGAGCUUGGUUGUGAUGGUGUGGUCGGAAGAAGUUACUAUGUGACGAGAAACCUCUCGUCCUCUUUGCUUGACGGGGCUAGAGACCUUUUAAACAUCCUCAGUGUAUUGUGCUUAAGAAACGUCAGUAUUCCCGCGUCUGGAUUGGCAUUGGAGACACUGCAAAAAUAUCCGACUCCGUAUAAUCUGAAGAAGGCUCUUGAACAAGGUUUCGAGCUUGGAGUUACCCGAGACUGUUUCUUGUGCACAGACUCUGGUGGUGCUUGUGGCUAUAAUCAUAAAUCAAGUGGAUUUGUCUGCUAUUGUAACAAUGGGCCUUAUGACCGGAUUUGCGGUCCUGGAAAGUGGAGCCAUGGUUCUAGUUUACUAGCAGCUGUUCUUGGCCUCCUGAUCAUAUCCACAUUGUUUCUCCGAAAGAGAAAAGUUUCUCAUGAUCGUAGAAAGCAGAAUCUAAAGGCCCUUAUUCCACUGAAUUACUAUAGUUACGCACAAGUGAAACUAAUUACAAAGUCAUUCGCGGAAGUGGUUGGAGAAGGAGGAUUUGGAACGGUCUAUAGAGGAACCCUUUCUGAUGGCCGUAUGGUUGCAGUGAAGGUCUUGAAAGACUCAAAGGGCAAUGAGGACGACUUCAUUAACGAAGUUGCGAGCAUGAGCAAAACUUCUCAUGUCAACAUUGUUUCUUUGCUUGGAUUCUGCUUCGAAGGUUCCAAGAGAGCAAUUAUAUAUGAAUUUUUGGAAAAUGGAUCUCUCGAUCAAUUAAUCUCAAGCAACACCUCAAUGAACAUGGAUUGGCUAGCACUGUAUGGUAUCGCGCUAGGUGUUGCUCGUGGCCUAGAGUACUUGCACUAUGGCUGCAAAACAAGGAUCGUACAUUUCGAUAUUAAACCUUCGAAUGUGCUAUUGGAUAAGAAUCUUUGUCCCAAACUGUCCGAUUUUGGCCUUGCUAAACUCUGCGAGAAGAAAGAGAGCAUCAUGUCGCUGCUAGACACGAGAGGGACAAUAGGGUACAUUGCACCAGAGAUGAUUUCAAGAGUUUACGGGACUGUGUCUCACAAGUCAGAUGUAUACAGCUAUGGAAUGUUAGUCCUCGAAAUGAUAGGAGCAAGGAACAACACAUCCACAGGAAAUUCUACAUGA